UAGGUUGAGGGAAGGCUUAUAAAAGGAGGGUACAAAAAGCACUAAACCACCCAACCACUUGAACAGGUACUGGAUCUCUGAACAGGACUUCUGUAAAAAUGUUUUUGUUCGUGGUUUGCAUCCUGACACUGCACAGAGUUCACUCUGCAUGCAAUGUGGAAUCAAACAUUUGCACAGACAGCACAGCAGUUCAGACGGAAAUCCUUGAUCAGCAUAACACUUUCAGGCAAGCUGUUCAGCCUACGGCAGGUGACAUGCUCAAGAUGAGCUGGAGUGAGGAGGCUGCAGCCAGUGCUCAGGCAUGGGUUGAUACCUGUUCCAUGGUUCAUGGUCCACCCAGCAGUCGCAUGAUUGGAGACUAUGAAUGUGGCGAGAACCUCUUCAAAUCAUAUGCAUCAUAUGCUUGGACGGAAAUUGUCACAGCCUGGCACAGUGAAGUCAUUAAUUACAUAUAUCCUAAUGGCUCUAUCAAUGGUCAACCUAUUGGUCACUACACACAGGUCGUGUGGAAUAGCUCUUACAAAGUUGGCUGUGGAGUAGCCAUGUGUCCAGGCUCAGUCUAUUUCUACGGCUGCCACUAUUACAGAGCUGGAAAUUACAGAGGAGUGCCACCAUACAAGGUUGGAGCGCCAUGUGCCAUGUGUCCCAAUGCAUGUGAAAACAACCUUUGCACCAAUCCCUGUCCUUACGUUAACAAGUAUGCCAACUGUGCAGCACUCAAAGCAAAGGCCGGGUGUUCCAACCUUUGGGUGACUGCCUUUUGCCCUGCCCUCUGUAAAUGCCACAAUGAAAUAAUUCCAAUAGCUCGAAAAUAGGAAACUCCUAUUUCAUGGUCUCAAGAUGCUAACAGUGUAUGUCAUGUGUUAUUAUCACUUGAAUCAUCUCAAAGUUGGCUUCUCGUCUUAAAUAAUAAACACAUUGCUGACACCUUGAUUUAAAUUAAGUCAGUUUAAUAUAAUUUCCAGAUAAUAUCAAAUCAUAUUCAAGACUAUUGACAUACUUUCCUUGAUCAAAUUAUUUUUACAGUUAUGCAGUGGUUGACUUGAGCACAUGAUUAACACCACAUUAAUAGAAAAAAGUUUUUGAAGAUCUAUCAGUUCCAUGGAAUAUUGACCAGUGGAAAGCUUUCUGCUGUCUACAAACAGAAUUAGAUUUAAUGCAAAGAAAGUUGGAUAAAAAAUGAAAGUUUGCACAAAGAACACUGAUCUUAAAAUACUAUUUCUGAAAUUUUGGAUGUAUUUUGUUCAUAUCAAUUGACGAUAAUGAUUACAUUUAUGGAUUUCUAUGCUAAACCUUUCUGUAAUGUGGCAUUAAAUGCAUUUCAAACAAUCAAAUUAUUACCUGUUUUGGGGGAAAUGGGACAAAACAACCAAAUCGGCAACUACAAUAAAAUAUAUUUUGUUACCUUU